AUGAGUGUCGAGUCUAACUCCAUCACCCUCUUUGUCCUCGAUGUCUCGUCCAGCAUGGGAGAGGCGCGCCAGGUCGAGGAUCGCAUCGUCCUAGAGAAUCAGACUGUUCAGCGACGUACUCGCUCCACCACGCAUCUGCAAUGGGUUUGCGAAUUCGUCUCCACACGCAUAGCAGAGACCAUCCUCCGCGGCCUCAAGACCACUCGCGUUGCCAUCAUCACCUAUGGCUCUCCUCGCACCAACAACUCCAUCCCUGACAACCCGAGUGACUAUAACGGCAUUGAUGAGAUCUUUUGGCCUGCACUUCCCACCCUCGACACCUUGGAUCUCGUUCAAAGCCUUCGUGCCGUCGACCAGGAUCAAAAGGCGCCAAAUGCAGAUCCUCUCGCUGCGCUCGUUGAUGCCAUCCAGCUCGCAUCCGAUGCGCACAAGGGCGGCAUCAAACCGUCCCAAAAGAACACUUGGAAGCGCACCGUGUACCUCGUCACAGACGGUCGCUCUUCCUUUGGCUUUGAUGGCGCAAAAGCCAUUCGCAACAAGCUCGUUGACGACAACAUCACAUUGCGUCUGCUCGGAGUUGAUUUCGAUGACCCUGAAUCCGGCUUCAAGCUCGAGGGCAAGGGCAAGAUCAAGCAAAAGAACGAACGCUUUUGGCACCACUUUCUUGCCGAGAUUCCCACCGCUGGAUUCGCCACCGCUACCUCGGCCAUCGCUCAAUCCACAAUGCCAAAUAUCCAGGUCACAAGACCAGCACCGCAAAAGACUAUCCUCAGCUUUGGCGAUCCAGAAGACCUCUCCUCCAAAGGAUCCUUCCAGAUACCCAUCGGUCUCUAUAAGAUGACCGACCCGGCUCGACCCAUGACCCAAUCCAAGAUCUCCAAGCUUGCACGGGAAAGCGCAGAUGCCGCGGAAGAGCGCAAACGCGAAGAGGCACGUCGCAACCAUCUCAAUCCCACCUCUACACCCGUCGCACUCACAAAGGACGAGGACACAGAAUCCUCCGUUAUCUAUCGCGCAGACCUCAAACGAGAAUAUUUUCUCCUCGACCAGCUCGCAGCCGUCGCCAGCUCUAGCAAGCAGCCCGAACCUCUCCCGCCCGACUCGGACAGCAGCUUCACAAGAGCAUGGAAGCUCGGUGCCAGUCUCAUCCCCGUUCCCGACGAGUCGUUUGGCGAAAUGGUUACGCACAAGAGCAUGGAGAUCCUGCACUUCUUCAACGCAACCGCAUAUAGGAGAGAGUACAACAUGGAUCAGAUCUGGUACGUCUUUGCCGAUCAUGCCCAGGUCAAGGCGCAGCUGCAGAUCUCGACGCUUGUAAGGGCGAUGGUCGAGAUGGAUGUAUUGGCUGUCGUCCGGCUCGUUCGAAAAGAUGGGGGCGAGCCCGAGUUGGGCAUUCUCAAACCCAAAGUUGAAGAGCACAACGAGUACUUUUUCUACUCGAGGGCUCCCUUCCGAGAAGAUUUGCGAAGGUUUCCCUUUCCACCUCUCAACAGAAUCAUCACCACGGAUGGCACCGAGCUUCGUCAGGGCCCCACGAUCCCCGAUGACGCGGACCAGCAAGCCAUGGAUGCGUUUGUUGACAGCCUCGAGCUGCCUGACGGGUGGUUCGAUGUGCUCGAUUCGUACAACCCCGCCAUUCACGGCUUGAAAACCGCCGUCCGCCAACGCUUCAUCCGUCCAGAAGCUAAGGAGCUUCCCGGUCCGCAUCCAGAACUCGUCAAAUUUCUCGAAGCGCCCAACGACGUCAAAAGUGCCGCGACCGAGGCAGCACAAAAGUGUCGAGACAGGUUCAAGAUUGCUUAUGUUCCGCCCAAAGGCAACGCCGACCGGAAGAAGCGCACGCUGAAUGCCAUGCGGGAAGACGUAAACGAUCGAACCAGAUCAUCGACUUCUUCGACGGCGGCGGUUGAGGAGCAAGGUGGGGCAAGGAAAGCAGCGCGCUUCGAAGCCACACCCUCGGCUGCAGCGGACAGGAGGAAGAAGGACAUGCUGGAAGACGAUUCCGACGCCACCGAAGACGAAGCUGACUCUACCUCUGCCACCGGCGCCACCAACACGGCCAAGGUCGAGCAACCGGCGGCCUCCAAGCAAUCCCUCCUACGUCUCUCCGACCCAGUUCAACACCUCCACGAGCUGGUCGAGAAGGAAGACGUCACCUCGGCAAUGAACUCGCUCCAAUCGACUCUAUACUACCUUGUUGGCGAGAAACAGUACGAUCGAGCAGCCGAAUGCAUGAAAGCUGGUAAGAAAGUGGCUCAGGAGUACGAAGAAGCUAUCAACUGGAAUUCUUUCAGUCGGACUUUUAAGACCAAGCUGCUGAAGGAGCACAAGGAAUUUUGGGAGGGCACGCUCAAAGGUCAUUUGGAGUAUGGUCUGGUGACCGAAGGCGAAGAUGAAGCGGCACAGUCGGAUGUCACACUCGAAGAUGCGAGGGAGUUUGCUGACACGGAGGAAGUAUGA